AUGGAUGAUCAUCGUGAUAAUGAAAUACAGGGAAUUGAUGGAGCUAGUCAUCCUACGGGGGAAUCACAAGGUACCAACACUAGUAAAAAGACCAAAUUCCGUGGUCCGUCAAAAGGAGUUCAAGCCAAAAAGCCUAUGCAUCUUCAGUAUAAUCAAUAUGGAAUCCCCGAUGGAGAAUGGUCAGGAGAAUACGGGAAGCAAGUUGGGUCUUGUGCUGCUAGAAUUAACAUUAAUGUCAAAGAAUAUUCAACGUUAGAUGAACACACAAAGAAGGGGUUUUGGGAGGAGACCAAGCUUCUGUUCCACAUUAUUGAUGAUCCGGCUAAAAGGAGAGAAAAAUAUUUUCAUAUGUGUGUGGCGAAACGCUUUGGAGCUUUCAAGUCCAGGUUAACGCGGCGUUGGAUAACUAAGAAAGAAAAAAUGCCGAAACAUCAGACAAAUGACAUGCCUUGGGACAUCUACCAUCAAAUCACAGAGGAUGAUUGGAAAACAUUUGUGAUAGAACGAAACAAGCCGGAGAUGUUGGUUCGUAGAGAAAAAGCAAGUAAAAGUGCAUUACAAAACAAGCACCCACAUCGCACAGGCCAAAAGGGUUAUGUUAGAAAGAGACCAGAGUGGAUAAAUGAUGGGCGACUACCGCCAGAGGCAGCUUUAACCCUCUCAAGUGGCUCCUCCUCAGUGACCUCAUCACUCACCACAGCGCCAGAUAGAUUUAAGAAGUUUAGAUCAGUAGAGUGGAUCUUGGCUCAUCAAGUUAAAAACAAAGAGGGAAAGUGGGAAGUUGACCCGAAUGAUAAAGAAGCCGUAAAUAUUGCUAAGAUGGCUUUGGAGUACAUAGAAGAAGAGGGAAAAGGAAAUAUUUCAUUCACCCAGGGAGAAGAUGCCCUCACCAAGGCUAUGGGAAAAAAGGAUCACCGUGGGCGUGUCAAGGCAACAGGUGGAGUUAAUGUCGGUUACAAAGUUUCUUUCGGUCCAAUAGACCGAAGUAGUAGAUGUGGCCAUAUUGAACCAUCACCGGAGGCUAUCGAAUCAAUCAGAGCUUCGGUGAGAAGGGAGUUUGAAGAUCAAUUAGAGAGAAAGGUGGCGGAGGCCCUCCAAAACCAACUAGCCACAUUGAAAGCAACCGGUCAACUACACACCCUCUCUACCCCCGCACUUGAUUCUGCUCUUGUAAGUGAUGAGUUUGAUGUUAACCGUGCACUCGUAACCUGUUGUCCGAGUUCAUCGCAGCAACCACGCGAGCUGAAGGUAUAUAUUCUCUAUAGUGCAUACACUCAAAACACCCCUAGCUAG